AUGGUGACGGCGGCAGAGCCGCGAAGGCAGAAUCGGAAUGAGGAUCGGCAAGCCGAGCCGCUUGGCGCCGAAGAUUCGGUCAAUGAUAGCUUCUCGACCAUCCGAGAGCAGGGGCUUGGUACUGGUGUUCGAGUCAACGACGAUGGAAGGCUGGACAUCAAGUUUCGAGAACAAAAGCCCUGGUUUACUACCCUCAUGAAACAUGUUCAAGAACCUCCACAGCCUAUCGCUGAACAGCAAGAACAACCCACCAGUGUUCCCAGAGGUGAUAUCAAAUUUCCUUGGGCCUGA